AUGUCCGGUCAAGAUAUAACUAGCUCGCUACCUCCGAGCACGUUCAACUCGAAGACAGAAUACUCACGUAUCAGCUUCGGAGAACAAUCUCCGUCAAAAAUUAGUAAAAGUACCUUUUCAUUUAUGGAAAAACGGCAAACAUACAGAGUCCUGAUUGACGGCGUUGAACUCACGCCUGAUAACGUAGUGGACAUAGAUUACGUGACUAUGGAAGACAAUUUUACGCAUGCGGCCUUCGAAACCAAACAGCGCGUUAGGAGUGACUUAGGACUAAAAGUUUCUAAAACAAAGUCCAAAACAAUAGCUGAAACAGGCAUAAAAGUAUAUGCAACAACCAUCUCCCUUGACGACAUUCAUAUUGAUCACACAUGUAAUACCGAGGAAGGGUUUGUAGCGGAGGAUAUAGAUUUAGAAUUGGCCCCAUCGGCUUUUUAUUUAGCUAAAACAAGCCCAAUUAUGUCAUACCCGCCAGAAAUAUUUGUUGCUCUUAAAGAAACUGAAACAUGUUUCCUAUUUGAGCUGCCUUCGUUUUCUUACGAAAGAGGAACAUCAGAGGGCACUGCUAUUGAAGAGGAAAAUGAAUAUUAUCAGUAUAUAACUAUUGGAAAGGGUAGAAAUCGUAAAAUGGUAAUAGAAGAAACGCAAACUAAACAAUCUGUUACCCAAACUCGACAUACAUUAGCAACGAGACCAGAGAAGAAAAAUGCAAUUGCAUUCGCAUCCAUGUGGGACAUGCAUGACACUUAUGCGCAGUUAGCAAAGGUAAAGUCUAAAGAAGAACCCGAUGAAAUGGUCAUGUACCAAUCUGCCGCACCAAAUUUAUUACGUAAGAAGAAAUCAAUAUUGUCAGAAUCUGGUGAGGAGAGGAGAGGCAAGACUUUCGAAGAAAUUGCAAAAACUCCGGAAUUUUUCGACGCAGCACUUUUAAUAGAACGCGUACUGUCUACUUUACAGUAUUCGGAGGCGCAAAAAAAGUUCCGUGGUCUUGUUACUGUAGAUCCGCUCUCAUUAGAUUUAGUAUAUAUUUAUUCUAUGAAACCGCUCUGGACGUUCGAAUGUGAAGAAACAGCAAAUCGGCCAAUAACAGGAAUCUCUUUCAACCCGAAAAAUCCAAAUAUAUUAGCAGUGGGUCAUGGCAAAUUUUGUUACGCUGAAAAUCAUAAAGGCAUAGUUUGCGUGUGGUGUACUAAGAACCCCUGCAAACCAGAGAGACUGUAUCACUUCGAAGAUCCACUGACUUCUGUAGCUUUCUCUGAAAAGAAGCCCAAUUGGUUAGCUUGUGGCUUCGCUAAUGGCGAUGUAUUAAUUUUGGAUAUAACAUCUUACGCUGUUAAAAUUAUUGCGAAAAGCAAACGUGACACAAACCCUUGCUUUGAGCCUAUAUGGGUUACUGACUGGCGUGUCUCGGAAAGCCAAAACGAGUUCGUCAUGACCACUUGCCAGGACGGGAGGAUUAAUAGAUUUACGAGCACUAAAACACACGACUUCAUUUGCAGCCCUAUGAUGCGGAUAUCAACCGUCGAGGGGAAAAUGAAAGGUCUGGAAACCGCGAAAGCUUGCCUGAAAGUUGACGUUCCUAUAAUAAGAUACCCGGCAGCUUUAUGUACGAAAUGGCAUCCGACUAUCAACCACAUUUACUUAAUUGGAACCGACGAAGGUUGUAUUCAUAAGUGUUCUACACAUUACCUAAAUCAGCAUAUAGACGUUUUUAGAGCUCACACAGGGCCAGUUUAUAAUAUAGAAUUUUCACCAUUUAUGAAUUCGUUGCUAGUAUCUUGUGGUGCUGACGGUGCUAUCAGACUGUGGAUGGAAGGUAUGGACGACGUCAUAAUGACUUUGAACUGUCCAUCGGCAGUGUACGGCAUCGCUUUCUGUCCUAUCAACGCCACGAUCCUUAUAUCCGUAAGUGGAAACAUCUUAUCCAUUUGGGAUCUUCGGAGAAAGACACAUAUCCCUUGCGCGGAGUACACAUUUCCGGGUCACGUUGUGUUAUCCUAUAUAAGAUUUUCGUCAUCUGGAGACAAUGUAUUCGUGGGGGACAGCCUGGGCCGAGUCCAUACAUUCCACCUCGAGGACACGCCGCUUCCACCGUUUUAUCAGCGGAGAAUGCUUGACGAAGCGAUCAAGAAAGCAUUGUGCACGAGACCACAGUUAUUGAAGCAAUUAGAUAAAUUACAGAAAUUCAGGGAUAGACACAAGUGA